GGCUUGUAUAGUCAAUAUCCGGUGGUGAUAUACUAAGUUCUAUCGUUGAACGUAGACUGUUCGGGUCGUUGUUGAAAAAUCGCUUCAUUCCCGCCAUUACGUACCGAGUGGGAAUUUGAUUACCGAAGGAAGGCACGAUGACGGACAACCAGUAUUCAAAUUACCAACAACAGGGGUAUAAUCAGUAUAAUCAGCCACCACCUUCUGGUGGUCAAGAUACUUCAUACCCACCACCAUCCAGUGGUGGUAGUGGUGGUUACAAUCAAUAUAGUCAACCACCACCAAGUAGCGGAAGCAAUUAUGGCAGUUACAACAGUUACAAUUCCAGUAGUGGCCAAGACUACAAUCCAUCACAAAGUCAAAGCAGUUACCAGACUUAUGGUAGUGGAGGUUCUGGAAAUAGUGGUGGCAGCAGCAAUUAUAAUAGCAGUUAUGGUCAUGGAGGUGGAGGUGGAGGCAGUGGAGGCUACAGCCGUAAUAGUUCUGGUGGAGGCUAUGGUGGAGGUCAAGGAGGAGGCGGUGGCAGUAGAUAUGGAGAUCGUGGGGGAUACAGUGACCGCUCUGGCGGUAGUUACAACAGUGGCGGUGGCCGUGGUGGUUAUAACAAAGGGGGCUACGGUGACCGUGGUGGUGGCAAUGAUGGAAUGGUUACACAAGAAGAUACAAUUUUUGUAUCUGGUAUGGAUCCUUCAAUUUCGGAAGAAGAAAUUUGUCAACACUUUGGAGCCAUCGGUAUUAUCAAACAUGAUAAGCGAACAGGAAAACCUAAAGUAUGGAUGUACAAAGAUAAAAACACUGGCAAAUCUAAAGGCGAAGCUACCGUUACUUAUGAUGAUCAGAAUGCUGCACGUUCUGCGAUAGACUGGUUCGAUGGAAAAGAAUUCAAAGGACGAACUAUAAAAGUACAAAUUGCUCAGCACAAAAGCAACUGGCAAGGUAAUCGUAGUGGUGGAAGUCGCGGUGGGGGUGGCCGAGGUCGUGGAAGCGGUGGUUUUGGAAGUCGUGGCGGUGGCGGUGACAGAGAUGAUCAUCAUCAUCGAGGUGGUGGAAGUGAUGAUCGACGUGAUGGAGGUAGCCGUGGAGGAGAUUGGAGAUGUCCCAAUCCAGAAUGUGGCAAUACAAAUUUCGCAUGGAGGGAUCAAUGUAACCUCUGCAAAAGUUUAAAACCACAAGGUGCUGGUGGUAGCAGUGGUGGUGGAAGAGGAAAUCGUGGUGGAGACCGAGGUGGUCGAGGAGGCUUCAGAAGUGAUAGAGGUGGUCGAGGUGGUGAUAGAGGUGGUCGAGGGGGCUUCCGUGGUGGAGAUAGGGGAGGAAGAGGUGGACGAGGUGGUCCGAUGAGAGGCGGCGGAGGCCGAGGAGAUAGAGAUAGAGAUCGCCAGCGUCCUUAUUAAGUACAGUCUGAAAAGUGAUGUCACUUGUUGACGUAUGUACACAGUUUGUACACAAUCUCUUGACGUAUGUACAUUUGUCGUAAGACAGAAAUCAUAUUACACUCCAUUAUCAUCGAUUUGUUUUCUCAUACAUUUUUUAUAUUCACAAAAAUCGAUGCGUGACGUGUAAUUUUUGUGUUUUAUAUACGUAUGUAAAUGAUAAACAUAUGUGUAAAGUUACAUUUUAAUAAAUAAGACUUUAAACCUA